CAAGGAAAAAAAAAAUCAUGCUAAGCCAAUCUGCAGCGAGCAAUGGCGUAGUUUCCAUCAAGGCCCCAGAGGCCGACCCAGAUCAGGAAAAAAAAAACUUGCAUGGGGUCUUCAUCAUCUGCCUGAUGAACCAGCGGACGAUCGACCGGCAUCCGAUGAGCUCCACCGCCAAGGCCAAGUUUAAUCUGCCACAGGCCCGCACCCGGCGCCGCGCCGACGGAGAGCUGUGAAGGGGUGGCUGAGACAAUAACGGAUUGCUCCGCGCUAAUAUAUGCAUCUCUUCUCCCCUCGAAUCAAAUCUUCCCCCAAAAUUGUGAAAACCUAGCUCGAUCACCUCGCCCCAAUGCCCUCCGCCAGAGUCCGACCGGCCGGGCAGAUGAAGACAGAGUUGCCGCCGCCGCCUUCUCCGGCGCCGACGCAGCAGUGGGCCAUACUGCCCCGUGUUCCGCAAGUGUCCCGCAUCGAUCUGAGUCGGAAGGACUUCUCCCUGGCGCUCGCCGCGCCUCCGGAUCUCUCCGAGCUCUCCAUAUCGUCGACCAUAGCGGAACUGAGCUUCUCGGCUGGCUUCAUCCCCUUCGUCCUGGCUGCCGAUCCAUCCGGCCUUCUCCUCGUCAGCGACGCCUACGGCCGCGCCACGGACCCUCUCGGCGGCGGCGGCGGCGGCGAGAGGCCGGCCUACUUCGUCUGGGACGCCGCCAACGUCGUCACCCACCGCGCCCUGGCCCACGAGGAGGCCGUACACCACUCCGGCAACGUCGGCUUCAUCGUCAGCCCCACAAAGCACGGCCGCUACCACGAUUUCACGGUCGCGGAGCUCCUGCCCGUCGCUGCCGGCGAAAGCGUCACCAUCCUCUGCUACGAUUCCUUCUCGCACAUCUGGGAGAAGAAGACGCUGCCGUUCCCCAUGCCCCGCUACCCGUGGUCUAGCGCCAACGUGUUCUCGCACGACCGGAAGCUCUGGUGGGCGGAUCUCCGGCAUGGGAUCCUCUCUUGCGAUCCCCUGUCUGACACCCCGGAAGUCCUCUUCGUGCCGCUCCCAGAAGAUGUUGCAACGACGCCAUCGAUAUGAGAUGUCAGCAAGCGCCGCUGCGUGAA